GUUCAAUGGAACAGAAAGAAAUGGAUUUAUCUGCAGUUCGUGUUGAAGAAGUACAAAAUGUCCUUAAUGCUAUGCAGAAAAUCUUAGAGUGUCCAAUUUGUCUGGAAUUGAUCAAAGAACCUGUAUCCACAAAGUGUGACCACAUAUUUUGCAAAUUUUGUAUGCUGAAACUUCUCAACCAGAAGAAAGGGCCUUCGCAGUGUCCUUUGUGUAAGAAUGAUAUAACCAAAAGAAGCCUACAAGAAAGUACAAGAUUUAGUCAACUUGUUGAAGAGCUAUUGAAAAUCAUUCAUGCUUUUGAGCUUGACACAGGAUUGCAGUUUGCCAACAGUUAUAACUUUCCAAAAAAGGAAAAUAACUCUCCUGAACAUUUAAAGGAAGAGAUUUCUAUCAUCCAAAGUAUGGGCUACCGAAACCGUGCCAAAAGACUUCGAGAAAGUGAACCUGAAAAUCCUACCUUGCAGGAAACCAGUCUUAGUGUCCAACUCUCUAACCUUGGAAUCAUGAAAUCUCUGAGGACAAAGCAGCAGAUACAACCUCAAAAUAAAUCUGUCUACAUUGAAUUGGGAUCUGAUUCUUCUGAAGAUACAGUUAAUAAGGCAAAUUAUUGCAGUGUAAGAGACCAGGAAUUGUUGCAAACCACCACUCAAGGAGCCAGGGCUGAAACCAGUGUGGAUUCUGCAAAUAAGGCUGCUUGUGAGUUUUCUGAGAAGGACAUAGCAAAUAUUGAACAUCAUCAAUCCAGUAAUAAAGAUUUGAACAUCAUUGAGAAGCAUGCAACUGAGAGGCAUCCAGAAAAGUAUCAGGGUAUUUCUGUUUCAAACUUGCAUGUGGAGCCAUGUGGCACAAAUACUCGUGCCAGCUCAUUACAGCAUGAGAACAGCAGUUUAUUACUCACUAAAGACAGAAUGAAUGUAGAAAAGGCUGAAUUCUGUAAUAAAAGCAAACAGCCUGGCUUAGCAAGGAGCCAACAGAGCAGAUGGGCUAAAAGUAAGGAAACCUGUAACGAUAGGCAAACUCUCAGCACAGAGAAAAAGGUAGAUCUGAAUGUUGAUCCCCUAUAUGAGAAAAAAGAACCAAGUAAGCAGAAACCUCCAUGCUCUGAGAAUUCUAGAGAUACUCAAGAUGUUCCUUGGAUAACACGAAAUAGCAGCAUUCGGAAAGUUAAUGAGUGGUUUUCCAGAAGUGACGAAAUGUUAACUUCUGACGACUCAUAUGAUGGGGGUUCUGAGUCAAAUGCUAAAGUAGCUGGUGUAUUAGAAAUUCCAAAUGAAGUAGAUGGAUUUUCUGGUUCUUCAGAGAAAAUAGACUUGUUGGCCACUGACCCACAUAAUGCUUUAAUUUUUAAACGUGAAAGAAUCUGCUCCAAAGCAGUUGAGAGUAAUAUUGAAGAUAAAAUAUUUGGGAAAACCUAUCGGAGGAAGGCGAGCCUCCCUAACUUGAGCCAUGUAACUGAAAAUCUAAUUAUAGGAGCAUUUGCCGCAGAACCACAAAUAACACAAGAGUGUCCCCUCACAAAUAAAUUAAAGCGUAAAAGGAGAACUACAUCAUGCCUUCAUCCUGAGGAUUUUAUCAAGAAAGCAGAUUUGGCAGUUGUUCAAAAGACUCCUGAAAAAAUAAAUCAGGGAACUGACCAAAUGGAACAGAAUGAUCAAGUAAUGAAUAUUACUAAUAGUGGCCAAGAGAAUGAAACAAAAGUUGAUUAUGUUCAGAAAGAGAAAAAUGCUAACCCAAUAGAAUCAUUGGAAAAAGAGUCUGCUUUCAGAACUAAAGCUGAACCUAUAAGCAGCAGUAUAAGCAAUAUGGAACUAGAAUUAAAUAUCCACAAUUCAAAAGCACCUACGAAAAAUAGGCUGAGGAGGAAGUCCUCUACUAAGCAUAUUCAUGCGCUUAAACUAGCAGUAAAUAGAAAUACAAGUCCACCUCAUCACAUUGAAUUACAAAUUGAUAGUUUUACUAGCAGUGAAGAAAUAAAGACAGGAAAUUCCAACCAAAUGCCAGUCGGGCAUGGCAAAAAGCUUCAACUCAUGGAAGAUACAGAACCUGCAACUGAAGUCAAGAAGAGUAACCAGCCAAAUGAACAAAUAAUUAAAAGAUAUACCAAUGAUGUUUUCCCAGGACCAAAGUUAACAGGCAUAUCUGGUCUUUUUACUAACUGCUCAAGUUCUAGUAAAGUUAAAGAAUUUGUUGAUCCUAACCUUCAGAAAGAAGGAACAGAAGAGAACAUAGAAAUAAUUCAAAGGUCUAAUAAUACCAAAGACCCCAAAGAUGUGCUAAGUGGAGAAAGGGGUUUGCAAACUGAAAGAUCUGCAGAAAGUACCAGUAUUUCAUUGGUACCUGAUACUGAUUAUGGCACUCAGGACAGUAUCUCAUUACUGGAAGCUAACACUUUUGGAAAAGCAAGAACAGCAUCAAAUCAACAUGUUACUCAGUAUGUGGCAAUCGAAAACCCCAAGGAAUUUAUCCAUGAUCAUCCUAAAGAUACUAGAAACGACACAGGGGGUUUCAAGAAUUCAUUGAGACACGAUGUUAACCACAUUCAGGAGAUAAAUGUAGAAAUGGAAGAAAGUGAACUUGAUACUCAGUAUUUAGAGAAUACAUUCCAAGUUUCAAAGCGUCAGUCAUUUGCUCUGUUUUCAAAUCCAGGAAAUCAAGAAAAGGAAUGUGCAGCUGUCUAUGUUCCCUCCCAAACCUUACAGAAACAAAGCACAGAAGUCAAUCUUGAAUGUGAGCAAAAAGACAAAAAUUGGGGAAAUAAAGAGUCUAAAAUUCCGCAUGUCCAGGCAAUUAAUGCCACUAUGGGCUUCCCUGUGGUUUGUCAGAAAAAUAAGCCAGGUGAUGAUGCCAAAUGUAAUAUUACAGAAGUCUCUAGAAUUUGUCCUUCAUUUCCGUUCAGAGGCAGUGAAACUAAACUUAUUACUGCAUAUAAACAUGGAAUUUUACAAAACCCAUAUCAUAUGCCAUCAGUUUCUCCCAUCAGGUCAUCUGUUAACACUAAAUGUAAGAAAAUAGAAAUAAUUCAAAGUACCCUAUUAGGGGAAAAGUUUGAGAAACAUUCAGGGUCACCUGAAAAAAUAGUGGGAUAUAAGAGAAUCAUUCAAAGUACAGUGAGCAAAAUUAGCCAAAAUAACAUUAGAGAAAGUGCUUUUAAAGAAGCCAACUCAGGCAGUAUUAAUGAAGUAGGCGCUAGUACUAAUGAAGUAGGCUCCAGUAUUAAUGAGGUAGGUUCCAGUGGUGAAAACAUUCAAACAGAACUAGGUAGAAACAGAGGACCCAAAUUAAAUGCUGUGCUUAGAUUAAGUCUUAUGCAACCUGAAGCCUAUAAACAAAAUCUUUCUCUAAUUAAUUGUAAAUACCCUGAAAUAAAAAGACAAGGAGAAGAUGAAGUAGUUCAAGUUGUUAAUACAGAUUUCUCUCCAUGUCUAAUUUCAGAUAAUUUAGAACAACCUAUGAGAAUUAGUCCUGUCACUCAGGUUUGUUCUGAGACUCCAGAUGACCUGUUAGAUGAUGAUGAUGAUGAAAUAAAGGAAAAUACCAGCUUUAUUGAAGGUGGCAUUAAGGAAAAAUCUGCUGUUUUUAGUAAGAAUGUCCAGAGGGGAGAAUUUAGCAGGAGCCCAAGCCCUUUAGCCCAUACAUCUUUGGCUCAGAGUCACCAAAAGGGGGCCAGGAAAUUAGAGUCCUCAGAAGAGAACACCUGUAGUGAGGAUGAAGAACUUCCCUCCUUCCAACACUUACUAUUUGGUAAAGUAACCAAAACACCUCAGUCUACCAAAUUCAGCACUGUUGUGACAGACUGUCUGUCUAAGAAAACAGAGGAGAACCUGGUAUCAUUUAGGACUGGUGUAAAUGACUGUAAUAAUGAGGUGAUACUCGAAAAGGCCUCCCAGGAACAUGACUUUAGUGAGGAAGCGAAAUACUCUGGUAGCUUGUUUUCUUCCCAGUGCAGUGUAUUAGAAGACUUGACAACAAAUACAAACUCCCAGGACCCCUUCUUGAUGUUUGAUCCUCCUUCCAAACAAAUGAAACAUCAGUCUGAAAACCAGGAAGUUGUGCUGAGUGACAACAAAUUGGUUUCAAAUGAUGAAGAAAGGGAAACUGGCCUAGAAGAAGAUAAUCACCAAGAAGAGCAGAGUGUGGAUUCAGACUUAGGUGAAGCAGCAUCUGGCUAUGAAAGUGAAACAGUCCUCUCUGAAGAUUGCUCAGGGGUGUCUUCGCAGAGUGAUAUUUUAACCACUCAG